CUGGCAGUGAGUUGCUAUCUUUCUCCCGUUCUACUCUCUGGGUGGAUUUUCGGGCUUGCUACAAACUGAAGACGGGAGGAGUUUCAAGGACCAGGUCCCCCAUGGCUUCCCCACCAUACACAUGGGUCCCCAGCUGAAGGUGGUUGAUCGGACCAGAACUGCCACCAUGCUGUGUGCUGCCAGUGGAAAUCCAGACCCAGAGAUCUCCUGGUUUAAGGACAUGCUUCCCGUGGACAUCAGCAGCAGCAAUGGGCGCAUUAAACAGCUUCGCUCAGGAGCCCUGCAAAUUGAGAACAGCGAGGAAUCAGACCAGGGGAAAUAUGAAUGUGUUGCCAUGAACAGUGCUGGGACCCGUUACUCCGCUCCUGCCAAUCUCUACGUACGAGUGCGAAGAGUCCCACCCAGAUUCAUCAUUUUACCCACCAACCAAGAGGUGAUACUAGGCGGCAGCGUCAACCUGACAUGUGUGGCGGUGGGCUCGCCCAUGCCUUAUGUCAAGUGGAUGGAGGGCGGGGAGGAUCUGACAAAGGAAGAAGAGAUGCCAAUGGGACGCAACGUGCUGGAGGUCACCAACAUCCGGGAGUCAGCCAACUACACCUGCAUGGCCUUGUCCUCCCUGGGCAUCAUCGAAGUCACAGCUCAGGUCACUGUCAAAGGUGACCAGACCUAAACCAUGAUGUCUGAUGUCUCUUUGUCCCUGGGGCCCAGCCAGAGAUGCCUUUCAAGAGCAUUGUAACUGUUUUUUUUGUCUCCCUUUUGUUCUCCCUCACCUCUAUAUCCUUACACACAACACAAACCCACCCACCACACAUACACACACCACACUUGCCAACAUUUAGGUUUCAAAAUACAGGAGAUUUUGUACAUGAAGUGAAAGAUACUAUUUUACUCAAGUUGACAACAAAUAUUCUUGUUACUUGAACUGAAACAAAACCGUCGCAAGUAAAACACCAAGUACUUUAUAAAACGACACGUUUUAUAGCAAGCAUAAACAUGUAGAAAAGUAAUAUUUUCAAAUGCUUUGCUCACAGUGUCCCAUACAUCGCUGGUGUGGUUUACAUGACCACAAUGUGCUGGUUAAGGUACCACAACACACAUCUCACACAGAAACUUAGAAACACUCAUUUGACCUGUAUCACUAUGAAAUCAUGAGAUCAACAAGAGUAAUUACUAAUUGGGAGCACCGCAUGAGAAAAGGUUUAAAAUAGGGAGAUUAUUGUGAAAAUCAUGGGAGUGCUGGCAGAUAUAACACACACACACACCUACACACAUGCAUGUUACAACAAGAACAUCUUAAAGUAUUAAGUAUUUUUAGUGAGUAUUAAGCCAAACAUUGGGCCUUCUGAAAGAACAUUUUAAUAUUUUUAGUCUAAACUCUUUUUACUGUGAGGUUUACUUGUGCAAGUGUUCCAAGCCAGAUUCAACAUGGCUCUGGUUCUCCCUCUUGUCUUGUACUGGGUCAUAUGUGCUUUCAUGUUAAUCGCUUAUCUUACGCAAACAAUGAAUAAAAAAAGA